UUAUAUAUGGGGAGAGGAUGUUUAAAAAGGAAAGUAACAUCUUUAUAAACACACACUAUGAUCGGUGAAACCUGCUGUGCUGGUUUAAAGUACUAAAAGAGCGGAAAUUAAAUUGUUUUCAACUGAAAGGCGAUGCCCAGAGUUACCCAUGAUGUUACACAGCGAUUGAAGUCAAUAAUUGUCAGAAUCUCUAGGACCUGGAGGAAGAAACUGUGAAAACCUGCCAGAAACACGAUCCACCACAAUCUCUCAGAUGUUUUCCAAAGCCACAAAAGCCUUCGUGAAGGACACAGAUCAUGAUGGACGCCUGAUCCCGGUGUCCAGUCUGAAUGACACAGACAAACUGAAUCUCCGAUCACUCAUUGUCAAGACCAGGCACAGAUGCUUCUGGCAGGAACCCAAAUACCAGUCCCCUGGCUUUACGCUCAGUGAUGUCCUGAAGCCAAGAGAGCCUGGAGACGCACCUUUAAGCCCAACUGUCAAGGAGUGUGACUUUGUGGACUACAGUGGGACAUUUGGUGACAAGAAAGAAAUGAACGCAGACGGAAACGUGCAGGCAAAGGUGGCUGAUUUCAAACUUACCGUGGGAGGGAAAUGGUUCACCAAACAGAAGCUGUCCCUUGGCAGCCUGAACAAAGAGAAGGUUGAUGUGAAGGAGUUAUAUAACUACUCAAAAGACAGAGUUCUGGACAUGUCCCAUCCUGUGAUCAAGCAGACCCGUGUGAAUCCAAGGGCAGUGUUAGGCGUCUUGACGGAGAGGAUUAUGACGUCACUACCUUGCCCGGUCACAAACAAUGUCCGGAUGCACGGCAAUGUAGGAGCCAACGUGAGCACCUGUGUGGCCCUGAGAGGGAAGGCCUCUAUGAAGCAGAGCGGCAGUACUCAGACAGAUAGUGAUGUGUCACUGGGUACUCCUGCAAAUACUGUCAUGGCCUACAGUCUGAUUGAACUCUUCGUCAAAUGCAAUGGACAGUUUGAACUGGAGAAACUGAGUAGUCAUUUCCGGCUGCUGUCAGUCCUGCCAGCGGCCAAACGCUCCUCUCUGCUCCAGCUCCUCAAGACAACCAUGGAGGAUGGAGAGGCAGUCAGUGUGCUGGAGAGUGUGCUGGAUCGGACUUGUGAUGGUGAGACUCCUGACCUGGGUGAUCUGGAAGAGUCUGAGAGGGAGACAGUCCAGGCCAUACUGGAUCUUGUAGACCAAUGUGUUGGGAAGGAUGAGAUCAGAUCCUCACUUCUCACUGCCAUCCACCUCAUUGUCAGUGCCAUGGACGGAAUGACAGAUGAGGGUCUCUCUGUGUUGGGAUCCUGUUGCAGUCCUCCAGUCUUACAGGCCCUGCAGAUCCUGGUGCAGCAUGUGGCAGCAGGGAGUGGGGAGACCCUCUCUCUGAGAGAUGCAGGUCUGGCUGUUCUGACUGAGGAGGAGGUGUUUGGGAGGACAGAGAGUCUCUUUGGUCACUCUAAAGUUACACUGAAGAGAGAGGAGGACACACUGAGGACAGAGAUGAAGGACCAGCCUGGAUACCUUCCUCUUGUCAUGAGUAUCACUGUGAAAGGCCUGGCUUCUUUAGUGUAAGCUGAGAGUGAGUGAGUGAGCUAGAAAAUCCUGUUUGAACUGAUACACUCACGAUUCCAUUCCAUGUGUUACUCUUGCACUAGUUGAGCUAAAGAACUAGUGAACAACAAUGUAUGUAUUGUAGUGUCUAAACAGUUUAUGACUUUGUUGAUGUUUGCAAAUGGUGUG